AUGACCACUCCAGCUCUAUGCUGUCGAGCCCGAAUGCUGAAUACUACGGCCGCACGGAGGCAGCCUGUGGCAUUGAACACAGCAUGCGAUAGACGAGUUACAGCACCGGAAUCUCCUCUCUUUGAUAUAGAUCCUGUUACGCGGAAACUGCGAAAUCGAAAUCAACCCUUGAUAUCGCAAAGCUGCUUCAGCACAAGUCGAAAUGCGCGCAGCUUGUUCAAAGGUCGCAAUUCGACUCCCGAUUCUUCGCCCGUAUGGGAACGACUUUUUAAUUUCUCAGGAAAGAAGGACGACAAGGCCCUGAAGCCCGAUGACCUUCCGAACCAUGACGAGUUCAAUGACAACUCUUCCAUUUUCAACAGUCGACGAACGCUCGCAGCCAAAGCGGCCUCUGAACCCCGCCUCCGCUGUACAGAAGUAGACGAACAUGGCAAUGUGAUUCUGGUCGAUGGAGAGUUCAAGAAGACGGAACUUAUUGCCAAGUUUGGCUUGCUACCUCGAGACUUGCGAAAGAUCGAUUCCUCCAACCUACCCCAUAUUCUUGUCCGCCCUUCAGCCAUCUUGCUCAACCUGCUCCAUCUCAAAGUUCUGAUCAAGCAUGACCGAGUGCUUCUGUUCGACAUUUACGGCUCCAAGACGUCAUACCCUCAGUCGGCCUUCAUGUACGACUUGCAGGGCAAAUUACAACAGAAGAACACACAAGCAUCGGGCGCCCUCCCUUACGAGUUCCGCGCACUGGAAGCGGUGAUGACCUCAGUAACCUCCGAGCUCGAAGCCGAUUUCGAGGCAGUGCGCGAGCCUGUCAUGCAUAUCCUUAGCGAACUCGAAGACGAUAUCGAUCGACAUAAGCUGCGAAUGCUCCUCAUUCUGUCCAAGCGAGUGAGCACCUUCGAACAGAAGGCGAAGCUUGUCCGAGACGCCAUCGAAGAUCUUCUCGAAGCGGACGAUGACCUCUCAGACAUGUAUUUGACGGAGAAGACACAUGAUCUUUACAGGGGAGAAGACGACCAUACCGAAGUUGAGAUGCUACUGGAGUCCUACCACAAGUUGACGGACGAAAUUGUGCAAGAAGCUGGUAACCUUGUGUCUGGGAUUCGAAACACGGAGGAAAUUGUCCGUGCGAUUCUAGAUGCCAACCGAAAUCAUCUCAUGCUGCUCGAGAUCAAGUUCAGCGUUGGAACUCUAGGACUGGCCAUGGGAACCUUCCUUGCGGGUCUUUACGGUAUGAACUUGGAGAACUUUAUCGAGGAGACAAACUGGGGCUUCGCUGGCGUCACCGGCAUCUCCAUUGCAUGCUCGCUUAUCGUAUGCUGGUACGGUCUUACCAGGCUGCGCCGCGUGCAACGCAUCAAGAUGAUGGAUGACGAGCGACCGCGAUUCCCCCGUGGGCAGGCCUACUUCCCCGAUGAUCGCUCGGCCCUUGGACUCCUCGACAACAGGAACCGAGAGAUGCUUCGACGAAUUAACAUGCAGAAGGCUACGUCGCAAAAGAAGAAGUGGUUUCAUUGA